AGAAUAUAUGUGAAGCCGAAUGGCAACCCCAAUACCCCACCGCCCACAACUAUCCGAUUACACAAAACAUGUGUCUUCUACCACUCAGGAUCUUUAUACUUGAUACAAGCUACAAGUGGAGGUCUCUCCUUCUCCCUCCCUAACCAUUUUGGAUUUCAGCACAAAGAACCAGACACUCACGCACGCUCUUAUUUAUCUUUCAUGCUCUCACCAACACCUAAUUCUCACCACCCACAACUUCUUCACAACCACUUCUCAUUUUCGAUACUUUUUCUCUUUAGCGUUUCAAUUAUUGAACUCGGUAUUUUGUUUCCUCAUCUCCAUCGUUGUUAACCCUGUUUCGUAUCGUCAAAAAAAUGGGUCUUUUUUUAUUCUAAGAGAUGGAUAUUGAGGCCAAACCCCGAAAUUCUGAUCCAAUUAAGAAAGAAUCAUGGAGGACUGUGAUGACUUUAGCUUAUCAAAGUUUAGGGGUUGUUUAUGGCGAUUUAAGCACCUCUCCUUUGUACGUUUACAAAAUUCUUCGAGCUGACGAUAAUGGCGAAGGAGGGACUUUUGCUCUGUACACAUUGUUAUGUCGCCAUGCUCGUGUAAGCACUUUGCCCAAUGGUCAGCUUGCAGAUGAAGAGCUUUACGAGUAUAAAAAAGACGAAAUUACUUCUGGUUCGAGGGAUAUUGGUUUGAGUUUGAAAUCGACGCUCGAAAAACACAAAAUUUUGCAGAAAGCUUUGCUUGUUUUGGCUUUGCUUGGUACUUGUAUGGUCAUCGGCGACGGCGUUCUCACUCCGGCGAUCUCCGUUUUCUCUGCUGUUUCUGGGCUUGAGCUUUCUAUGUCGAAAGAACACCAUCAAUAUGUAGAAGUCCCGAUUACUUGCAUCAUACUCGUACUCUUAUUUUGUCUCCAACAUUACGGGACCCACCGUGUAGGGUUCUUAUUUGCACCGAUUGUGGUAACGUGGCUCUUGUGCAUUAGCACAAUUGGAGUUUACAACAUUUUUCAUUGGAAUCCGCAAGUUUUCCAAGCACUUUCGCCUUAUUACAUGUACAAGUUUCUCAAGAAAACAAAAAAAGGCGGAUGGAUGUCAUUGGGCGGGAUUUUGUUGUGUAUAACAGGCUCUGAGGCUAUGUAUGCUGAUCUCGGACAUUUUUCACAGUUAUCAAUCAAGAUGGCUUUCACCUUCGUGGUUUAUCCUUCCUUGAUUCUCGCAUAUAUGGGACAAGCUGCGUAUCUCUCCAAACAUCACAUCCUCGAAACCGAUUAUCGAAUCGGAUUCUACGUAUCUGUUCCCGAGAAAAUAAGAUGGCCAGUUCUUGGAAUCGCGAUACUUGCUGCAGUAGUCGGAAGCCAAGCCAUAAUCACCGGGACUUUUUCUAUCAUCAAACAGUGUUCUGCAUUGGGUUGCUUUCCGAGAGUAAAGAUUAUCCACACGUCACCUACUAAUAAACAUGGUCAAAUCUACAUCCCUGAGAUCAAUUGGACGUUGAUGCUGCUAUGUUUAGCAGUCACAAUUGGUUUUCGCGAUACAAAACAUAUAAGCAAUGCAGCAGGUUUGGCGGUUAUUACGGUUAUGUUGGUAACCACGUGCCUAAUGUCACUUGUAAUGGUUCUAUGUUGGCGAAAAAGCAUCUUCUUAGCACUCGCGUUUAUGUUUUUCUUCGGUUCGAUAGAAAUCCUCUACUUCUCGGCAUCCCUAAUAAAAUUUCGCGAAGGUGCGUGGGUCCCGGUGGCCCUCUCAAUCAUCUUUCUAGUCAUUAUGUUCGUAUGGCACUACGGGACGAUAAAAAAAUACGAAUUCGAUGUCCAAAACAAAGUCUCAAUCAAUUGGCUCUUAAGCCUCGGGCCCACUCUCGGUAUCAUGCGGGUCCGCGGAAUUGGGCUCAUUCACACUGAGCUGGUUUCCGGGAUCCCUGCAAUUUUCUCACAUUUUGUAACAAACCUCCCAGCUUUUCACCAAGUUGUGGUGUUCCUCUGUGUGAAAUCGGUCCCUGUGCCUCACGUAAGGCCUGAGGAGCGGUUUCUUGUUGGGAGAAUUGGGCCGAAAGAGUAUCGAUUGUAUAGGUGUAUAGCGAGAUAUGGGUACCGUGAUGUUGACAUGGACGAUGUGGGAUUUGAAAACGAUCUUAUUUGCUGCAUAGCAGAGUUUGUCCGGACCGAACGGUCCGGACAAACCAGUGCCGGUAACAACUCUGUUACCGGCACUAGCGAUAAUUUGUUAUCAGAAGAUUCUGAUAACGAUAGAAAGAUGGCGGUUGUUGGAGUGGCUUCGGCGAACUCCGAAGGGAGUAUUAGAAUGUGUGAGGAGGAAACAGGGUUUUCGCCGGAGAUAGCGGUGGUUGUGGCGGCACCACCACCGGUUCCAAGGAAGAGGGUGCGGUUUGUUUUACCGGCGAGUCCCCAAAUGGAUACGGGAGUGAGAGAAGAGUUGCGGGAACUUAUGGAGGCACGUGAAGCGGGUUUAGCUUUUAUCCGAGGACAUUGUUAUGUGAAAGCUAAAAGGGGUUCGAGUUUGAUGAAAAGAUUUGUGAUCAAUUUUGGGUAUGAUUUUUUAAGAAGAAAUUCUCGAGGUCCGGGUAAUGCUUUGAGUUUUCCUCAAGCGUCUACGUUAGAGGUUGGAAUGGUGUAUCAAGUUUAAUUCUGAGGGUAUUAUGGUAAAUUUGGUUUUGAGAUACAUAAUACAUUUGACGAUGAAGGCCGUUCAUUGUUGUGUCUAACACAUGGGCUUAUUUUGUAAGCCCAUGGGCUAUAAGCGUUAAACAUUAUUCAUCAUGAAAGAUACGGGGGAAAACACGAAAUAUAAAAGUGCAUGUAAUGAAGUGUGAUUUUUGUUGUAUAUAUGAUAAGGUAUAUGUGGGUUAGACCUAAAAGAUGGAUUGGAUUAAAGGGA